CUUUUUUUUUUUUAAGAGAGAACGCGCUGGGGAACGAGGACGGCGCAAAAGCUGACACAAAUUCCUCGGGUUUCAGAACCCCCCACCACGCGAUUGCUCGAUCUCCCUUCUUCGCUUUUUCCUCACUCUGGCAUCUCACAUAGUACAAUCUCGUGUUUGUCCGUUGUCCCGGACAACAAUCUCAGUGUAACCGACAGUCUGACUACCUACAAUACGGAGUGGUCUGGUCUUCUUUCUGCCCGUGGUCUUGUUCAGGUCCGUUGCGGGUCCCCCGAAAGUCUAGCUUAAUUCUGCCGGGCCCCAUCCAUCCACCGGACUUUUGAUUUUCCUCUUCUUUUUUUCCUUCUCAUAUCGGCGCUGUCUCAAAUCGCGCCUCACCUACUCGAACAAAUCGCGGUCUAAUCCAGCGGAUUUUGACAAGAUGGUUUCAUUUUCUUGCGAGGCUUGUGGUGAUGUCCUUACCAAGAAGAAGCUCGACCCCCAUCGCAACCAAUGUCGCGGCGCGUCCUACACCUGCAUCGACUGUAUGGUGCAUUUCCAGGGAACUAGCUACAGAUCGCACACGUCCUGCAUGUCUGAGGCGCAAAAAUACCAAGGCGCGCUGUACAGAGAAAAGCCGGCCAAGAACCAACGCAAAGGGCAGAACAACGGCCGACAAAACCAGAACCAGAACCAACACCAGAACCACAAUCAGAAGCAGACCCCCCACGGUCACCGGGCACCUUACGUGGAGGAUGGAACCGAUACCGAUAAUCUUCCCCCACCUGCGCCUAGCCCUCCUCCCGCAGGCGUGGAAAAGACCCCGCGCACCGAAGGGAAGACUGACAAGCCGGUAAAUGUCUUCGACUACCUUGUCCCUGAGGGCACCCCCAAUGCCUCGAAGGUCUCCGUGAACGAGGCUAAGGAACAAAUGAAGAUGGUCGCCAACGCGCCUUCGGUCUUCGAGUCGAGCAAGUCGCUGGCUCGCGUCGACACGGAUGGCGGUGACGACAACAAGACAGACGACGUUGCGUAUGAAGAGAAUGGAUUCUCGUACGGAUCGGGCCCGAUCAACCAGUCCCCCUACGACCGCAAGGCCCCCAACGUGUCCUUGGAGUUCAUGACCCCUGCGCCCAGGAAGAAGAAGGACCGCGCUGCCAAGGCCGAGGGUGUUACGAGCGAGAAGAAGCGCAAGCGCCGCACCGAGGACCACGACACCGAGACAGACACGCCAAUGCUGGAUGCCCCCUCGAGCGUCGUCAACCACCCAGGCACCCCGAUGUUGAACCACUCCGGGCUCACGGGAGGACUGAACCGUAUGCUCCGCUCCCCGUCGCUGGACGACGAAGAAGGACACGAGAACUCUUCCCGUCGACGCUACCAGGAAACCUCGUCCCCGAUCAAGCGGACCCGUCGCGACGACAAGGAGAAUCAAGCCGACGCGGGCUUGGGUAUCUCCAUGAAGAACCGUGCUGAGCGGUUCGUCUCGUCGAUGUUCGGAGGCUCCUCCGUCUCUGGUAGCAGCGCCAACGGCCAGCUGGAGACUCGUCGCGCGAAGAAGACCCACAAGAUUCGCGAGAAUGGCGAAGCCAAGGCCGCCGAGUCGGCGGAUGCCCGCAAGUCCAAGCGCAAGAGCAGCGCCCAGACCGAAGGCGACCGGCCGCCGCGCCGUCAGAAGCAGAUCGAGUACCCGGAAUCGCACCACGACGAGGAUGGUCGGCAGGUGACGCUGUACCCCAAGAGCACGGUGCCGGAUGGCUUGCAACGGCAGAUGGCGAGCCACUUCCUGUCGCUGGUGACCAAGGGUCCCGAGAGCUCGCGCGGAUUCUCCGUGAACAAGGUGCUGAAGCGGUUCCACAAGGAUUUCACCGAUGAAUUCGAUGCCGACCGGGGCCGCGACCAGGGUCGCAGUCGCGCGGACCGCGAGCGGAGAGUCGAUGACGAGAAGGAACUGUGGCGCACUUUGCGGCUCAAGAUGAACGAGCGGGGAGAGAUUGUGGUCUUUUUUUGAGUACCCUUGGGGUUUCGAGGACCCCACUUUCAUAUACCUAUGAUUACUCUUUUCUAGUGCAUGGCGAUCUUGGCAUGGAGGUUUACUGAAAUAUCGACGGCUCAUUGCAUAGUUUUUGUCUAUCAUGCUUGGCAUUUUUUAUUGGCUUCUUGCCUAUGUAGC